CGGCCCAGUAAACAGGCGUGUCCACGCGCGUCGUUACAAUACCAUGACAUAAAUGUCAAAUGAAAUGAUAUCGAAAAAAAUAGUGACAUGUGCUCUACUGUAACCUAAACACUCACCCAAAUUCUUUAUUUUCAGUGUUACAUAGUGCUAUUAUUCAGAAUUUUAAUGUUUUCCUCCCCGAUUUGGUGUAGCGAAAUUUAUAGUCCCGGUUCUGUUCGUGAUCGUGUUUUCGCUAGCUGCUCAUAAAACAUUCCAGGUGACUUUAGAGCCUGUUUAUCACUUACGAUGGAAGUCAGCAGCAGAAUUAAGUCAAAAGUGUUGUGUUUUGUAUAGGUUGAUGUAGGAACCAGUGUUAUUCACGAUGGACCGCGUGAGUGGCGUAUGUAGGUUCGGAGGAGUGGUUUCAGCAGUUCGGACUAGAACCGGCAGAAGCAAGCGCCGUCUUGGUGCCCAAAAUCAGAUGGCAGAAGAUAUGCCCGAACCUCCACGCAGAGGACUAGGCGCUAUUUUAGUCCUAGCCUGCAUAUUGGUUUACCACAACUGUCUAUACUGUGGUUUCGUCUUCGACGACAUCAGUGCUAUAAAGGAGAACAGAGACUUGAGGCCACAGACGCCUAUAACGAAUAUCUUCCUGAACGACUUUUGGGGAACUCCAAUUCAUAAGGAACAAUCCCACAAGUCGUAUCGUCCGCUGACGGUGCUCACCUUCAGAUGGAACUACGCGGUCCAUGGGCUGCAACCAGCGGGGUACCACCUCGUAAACCUUCUACUGCACGCCCUGGUGUCCCUACUGUAUUAUAGGGUGUGCGCCAUGUUCCUCCCGGAGUUCGCAAGUUUUGUGGCGGCCAUCUUAUUCGCAGUACACCCUAUACACACGGAGGCGGUGACGGGAGUGGUGGGUCGAGCGGAAAUGUUGUCAUCCCUGUUCUUCCUAGGCGCACUGCUCUGUUACGCUCGCGCCGCCAGUAGGAGACGAAAUACAGACUGGAGAUACGUAGCGGCAUGUACGGCAUGCGUGGGCGUCGCCAUGCUCUGCAAGGAGCAGGGCAUCACCGUCACUGGAGUCUGCGUCGUGUACGAACUGUUUGUCGCACAAAAGCGUCGCAACUCCAGUGGCAGCAGCCGUUGGUCCUGGCUCGAUGCGUGGGGCAAAGGUUCAGGGUGGGGCUGCGCGUGUGGGGAAGCCGCCAGGCGCGUGACGACCGUCUGCUGUGCCACGUUGGCUUUGUUGGCGGCCAGGCUUCACGUCAUGGGCGCCCAGUUGCCCGUGUUCACGAGGUUUGACAACCCUGCUGGUGCCGCACCCCCGCCGGCAAGGCAUCUGACAUUCGCAUACCUGCCAGCCCUGAAUGCCUGGCUUCUAACUCUGCCCGAGGCUUUGUGUUGUGACUGGACCAUGGGCACGGUGGCGUUGCUCCGGUCGUGGCGGGACCCUCGGAACCUGGCCACGAUAGCGUUGGCAACUACACUCAUCGCGGCAGCUGUUCACGCCUUGAGGACUAGGUCUUCGGCGCUUUCCAUGGGACUAGCACUUCUAGUUCUGCCGUUCCUCCCAGCAUCGAACCUGUUCUUCCCAGUCGGGUUUGUGGUCGCCGAGCGCGUCCUCUACAUGCCUUCCAUGGGGUGGUGCCUCCUGGUGGCCCAUGGAUGGAGGCUGCUAGCCAAGAAACGGGCUAAAUUAGCCGCCGCUGCGCUGAUUUUCCUCAUUCUUGCAUUCAGCGCCAAAACUUAUGUGAGGAAUUGGGAUUGGAAGACUGAAUACUCUAUUUUUGCUUCUGGAUUGAAGGUCAACCGAAACAACGCAAAACUGUACAACAACGUAGGGCAUGCCUUAGAAGCUGAAGGAAAAUACGCUGAAGCACUUGAAUUCUUCAACACUGCCGUAGGCGUACAACCAGAUGACGUUGGUGCCCACAUCAACGUAGGAAGAACCUACAACCAUCUAGGACGAUACCAGGAAGCCGAAGAUGCUUAUGUUAAAGCCAAAUCUCUUCUACCAAAAGCAAAACCUGGAGAAUCCUAUCAAGCGAGAAUCGCUCCGAAUCAUCUGAACGUCUUCUUGAAUUUAGCCAAUCUGAUCUCCAAGAAUGCUACGAGGCUAGAAGAAGCAGAUAUGCUUUAUAGACAAGCUAUAAGCAUGAGAGCUGAUUAUACACAGGCGUAUAUUAAUAGAGGGGACAUUCUGAUAAAGCUGAACAGAACGAAAGAAGCCCAGGAAGUGUAUGAACGGGCGUUGUUGUAUGAUAGUGGGAACCCAGAUAUUUAUUACAAUUUGGGAGUGGUCCUCCUCGAGCAAGGCAAAGCAUCGCAAGCGCUGGCGUACCUGGACAAGGCGCUGGAACUUGAACCUGAACACGAACAAGCGCUGCUGAACUCCGCCAUUUUGCUGCAAGAACUCGGCGCAGCUGAUUUGCGGCAUUUAGCUAGGCAACGACUGCUAAAGCUGCUGGAUAAAGAUGCCACGAACGAGCGCGUCCAUUUCAACCUGGGCAUGGUCUGCAUGGACGAAGGAGACGCGGAAUGCGCCGAGCGUUGGUUCCGAGCGGCCGUGCAUCUAAAGCCAGACUUCCGAUCAGCUCUCUUCAACCUCGCCCUACUCUUGGCUGAUCGCCGGCGGCCGUUGGAAGCAGCACCGUUCCUUAAACAACUUGUGAGGCACCACCCAGACCACGUGAAGGCGUUGGUGCUUCUUGGCGAUAUUUACAUCAACUCUGUCAAAGAUCUGGAUGCGGCUGAGAGCUGUUACCGCCGCAUCUUGGAGCUGGAGCCCGACAACGUCCAAGCCCUGCACAACCUGUGCGUGGUAGCCGUCGAACGCGGCAAGCUCGCGAUCGCCGAGGAGUGCCUCACACGAGCCGCCGCCCUCGCCCCACACGAGCACUACAUACAGCGGCACCUCGCGGUAGUCCGCGCAAGACGCGCCGCAGCCACCACCACCACCACCACCACGCCCACUCCCGCCAACACCGCCUCAGCAACAACCGAGGUCCGCGCCCGCUGGAACUACAUCCCACAACAACCACCCGACCCACACGAAACCGACGACUCAUAGCCCAAAGAACUCGACAUGUAAAUAUUUGAAUUUAGAAUCGUCGAACACCAAUCAAAUUCGGCCAUAUAAUCGGUUUUCAAAUUCGUUGAUCAGGGUACUCUUCGAUUUUUUAAUUCUCUUUCGUUCCAUUUUCAAUCUUCGCAAAUAAUCUGUCAAGUUAAUUUGCAUACGGCGUUCCGUGAUAUUAGUUUUUACACCAUAUUUAUAAAAAUACUGUGUACCUAUGCCAUAAUUACGUAUUAUAAGUAUAUUUUGUAGAAUAUGUUGAAACGAGCUUUCAUCAUUAUUAGCCUGGUAUACGGAUUACAAAUAAUAUCUGUUUAAAAUAAAUAGGGAAUAGUUUUAUAGAGAUGUAUAAACUGUUUCCUAAACUUUGUCUAGUCACAAUGCAAUUAUUCAUUGAAUAUUAAGUUGAUGUGUUUGUUUAUGAUAGGUAGAAUACAUUGCAUUGUUAAAAUACAACACAACCUAUGCUUCUAGGCGUUGGAGGUAGCAUAGCCAUACCCGCGUAAUGGCCAUCCCUUACUAAAUAAAUGAUACAAUAAUAUUUAAUUAAAUAGUUAAGUUGAAACAUCUUGAAACAAUAUUAUAAUAAUGAAUUUUGAAGUCGGAUUUGUAAGAACGAUUGACUGAGAGUUAAGUCCAUUGUAUCACUACAAGUGAUCAUGUUGUACUUAUUGUAAAUUAA